AUGCUGCCGCAGGGCAGCGAAACCGAGGCGCUUGCUCUUGGAUCGGACCCCCAGUCCUUGGCGCCACCCUGGAGACUCCUGCUGCUGAGCGAUGGCUCGGUGACGCGCCACCUCUCGCUGCUGACCCAGAGCGAGGUGAACGUCGACUGCGUGGGCAUGGACCUACACAGCGACGCUGACCCUUUGCCUGAGGAGGCAGAGGUCAUGGGCGGGGGGCUCCUCCUGCGACAGGUGUUCUUGCGGACUCGGCGACGACAGGCGCUGGUGUAUGCCCGCUCGUGGUGGAGGGCAGACAGCGUGGACGGCUAUCUCACGUGGGAGGGGAUAGAGGUGUGGGGUGGGGAGGCCAUCGGUAUGGGCAGCAUGAGCCUGGACAAAGCCCAGCCCAUCUGGACAUCUCUGAGCGAACGCAAGACGGAGCUGUAUCGCGAGAUAUUGACCGUCGAGUGUGGUCACAAUGAGGAGCUGGAGAGGGAAUUCGGCCGUCCAGGUCCCUUCUGGGGCCGGUACUACAUCUUCUGGCACGCUGGGCAGCCGCUGACGGUCAUCCAAGAGGUCUUCUCCCCUGGCAUGGAUGAGUGGCUGGGGCCCUCCUCACCGCCUGUGCACUAG